CUGAAGGCCCUCCUCUCCCUCCCACCAGACCCGCCCUACACAGCGCCCCGCCCCGGACGCGGGUGAGGGCGGGUUGCUGGCUGCUCAAGCCGCCUGGAGUCCACAGCCGAGCCCCAGGGCUGCGGCGGCUGCCUCCUUGCGACCCGGCUGGCCCGUUCGGCAGCCGGGAACCCGGAGCCCAUGUCUUCAGCCCCCAACCCCUACGAAGGCUUCUCGUGCGGAGCGAGGCGGUAGCCAGGAUAUGGACCUGUAAACUCUGAGCCAGUCCUAUGAUCCUGAGCACGUUGGCCCGGGAAAGGAAGGCGCCCCCCGCCUGCACCUGCAGUCUUGGUGGCCCCGACAUGAUCCCCUACUUCUCUGCCAACGCGGUCAUCUCGCAGAACGCCAUCAACCAGCUCAUCAGCGAGAGCUUUCUAACUGUCAAAGGUGCUGCCCUUUUUCUGCCACGGGGCAAUGGCUCAUCCACUCCAAGAAUCAACCACAGACGCAACAAGCAUGCAGGUGAUCUCCAACAGCAUCUUCAAGCAAUGUUCAUAUUACUUCGUCCAGAAGACAAUAUCAGACUGGCUGUAAGGUUAGAAAGUACCUAUCAAAAUCGUACUCGCUAUAUGGUGGUGGUUUCAACUAAUGGCAGACAAGACACUGAAGAAAGUAUCGUCCUAGGAAUGGAUUUCUCCUCUAAUGACAGUAGCACUUGUACCAUGGGCUUAGUUCUGCCUCUUUGGAGUGACACCCUAAUUCAUUUGGAUGGUGACGGUGGGUUCAGCGUUUCAACAGAUAACCGGGUUCACAUUUUCAAACCUGUGUCUGUGCAGGCAAUGUGGUCUGCUCUACAGAGUUUACACAAGGCUUGUGAAGUAGCCAGGAUGCAUAACUACUACCCAGGCAGCCUUUUUCUCACUUGGGUGAGCUACUACGAGAGCCAUAUCAACUCUGAUCAGUCUUCAGUUAACGAGUGGAAUGCUAUGCAAGAUGUGCAGUCCCACCGACCUGACUCGCCUGCUCUCUUCACAGACAUACCAACAGAACGUGAACGAACAGAAAGGCUAAUUAAAACCAAAUUACGGGAAAUUAUGAUGCAGAAGGACCUGGAGAAUAUCACAUCCAAAGAGAUUCGAACUGAGCUGGAAAUGCAAAUGGUGUGCAACUUAAGAGAAUUCAAGGAGUUUAUAGAUAACGAAAUGAUAGUGAUCCUCGGUCAAAUGGAUAGCCCAACACAGAUUUUUGAGCAUGUGUUCUUGGGCUCAGAAUGGAAUGCCUCCAACUUAGAAGACUUACAGAAUCGAGGGGUUCGGUACAUAUUGAACGUCACUCGAGAGAUAGAUAACUUCUUCCCAGGAGUCUUUGAGUAUCAUAAUAUCCGGGUAUAUGAUGAAGAGGCAACAGACCUCCUGGCAUACUGGAAUGACACUUACAAAUUCAUCUCUAAAGCAAAGAAGCAUGGAUCUAAAUGCCUUGUGCACUGCAAAAUGGGAGUGAGCCGCUCCGCCUCCACUGUGAUUGCAUAUGCAAUGAAGGAAUAUGGCUGGAAUCUAGACCGAGCUUAUGACUACGUGAAGGAAAGACGCACCGUGACUAAACCCAACCCUAGCUUCAUGAGACAACUGGAAGAAUACCAAGGCAUCUUGCUGGCAAGCAAACAACGGCAUAACAAGCUCUGGAGAUCUCAUUCAGAUAGCGACCUCUCUGACCACCAUGAACCCAUCUGCAAACCAGGGCUGGAACUCAACAAGAAGGAGAUCACCACCUCCGCAGACCAGAUUACUGAGGUGAAGACAAUGGAGAGCCACCCACCCAUACCUCCUGUUUUUGUGGAGCAUGUCCCACAAGAAGAAAAUCAGAAAGGCCUGUGUACCAAAGAAAGAAUGAUCUGCUUGGAGUUUACCUCCAGGGAAUUUCGUGCUGAACAGAUUGAAGAUGAAUUAAACCUGAAUGACAUCAAUGGGUGUUGUCUGAAUGAAGCGAAUUUCCCUCUUGAUAACUGCCAUGCAUCCAAAGCCUUAAGCCAACCUGGACAGGUUCCAGAAAUGGCCAACAAGUUCCCAGACUUAACAGUGGAAGACUUGGAGACAGACGCACUGAAAGCAGACAUUAACGUCCACUUACUGCCUAUGGAAGAAUUGACGUCUCGCCUGAAAGACCUCCCCAUGUCCCCUGAUCCUGAGUCACCAAGUCCCCACCAACCCAGUUGCCAGGCUGAAGUCUCAGAUUUCAGUACAGAUCGCAUAGACUUUUUUAGCGCCCUUGAGAAGUUUGUGGAGCUCUCCCAAGAAACCCGGACUCGGUCUUUUUCCCACUCAAGGAUGGAGGAACUGACUGGAGGAAGGAGCGAGAGUUGUCGAUUAGCAGUAGAAGUAACCCCCUGUGAAGGGACUGUGGAUGACCAGAGAAGCAGCUCCUUGAGUAAUACUCCCCACGCUUCUGAGGAAUCUUCAAUAGAUGAGGAACAAUCAAAGGCAAUCCCAGAACUGGUCAGCCCUGACAUCGUCAUGCAGUGUCACUCGGAAAAUGCAAUUUCAGUCAAAGAAAUCAUCACUGAGAUUGAAUCCAUCAGUCAAGGAGUUGGGCAGAGUCAGCUGAAAGGAGACAUUUUGUCCAAUCCCUGCCACACACCAAAGAAGAAUUCUGUCCAAGAGUUGCCCCUUGAGAGGACCCAGAGCCUAGAAAACAAACCAGAAAGUGUGGAGCAGAAUGAGGAUUCCUGUACCACCCAGCCUGAACUAGCCAAAGACUCAGGGAAGGGGGAGCCCGAAAGCUACUUAACCCCACAUGUGUCCACCACAGACUUGGAGGAGGAAGAAGCAGAGGGAGGCCAAGAGCUCGGGGGCCCAGAAGUGCACCCCAGUGCCAAGUGGUGCCCUGGGUCUGUCAGACGAGCCACGUUGGAGUUUGAGGAGCGGUUACGGCAGGAGCACGAGCACCAUGGCACUGCCUCUGCUUGUACCUCAUUGUCCACUCGAAAGAAUUCUAAGAAUGAUUUUCCUGUGGCAGACCUUCCACUGAAAGGGAAGAGUGAUGAAACCACCCUAGAACAUUCACUUGUCCCCAAGGAACUGGAAAUGAGCAAGGACAAAGGGAAGCAUGGUCGGGCUGAGUCUGACUCGCUACCCCACUCUGACCAAAAUGCCCUUGUCCCCACCACUGAGCUGCAGGCACCUUACCCCUCAACAGUCCCACAGGAGAGCCCAGGGUCAGAUGCUAAAACCAAACACGGAGUUUUAAAGGAGCAGAGGACUCUAGUGUCCUGCCAGGGCUCUGAGAUAUGGACUGCCCCUCUACCCCUGCCCAAGAAGAUAGAAAUCAUUGAGUAUACCCACACAGAGACUUCACCAGAUUACACCGGGGCAGGACAGGAUGUAGCCACCCCUGAGAAGAGUGAGGAGCAAGCAACAAGGAAGGUGAAAGUGGAGAAGACCAUCACUGUCUUCUGUGCCCUAGAUGAAAAUCUGAACCGGACUCUAGGUCCCCAACAGGUUUCUUUGCACCCCAAAGUGCUACCUCUGCCUCCCCCUUCCUCUCCUGAGCACAACGGGUGCACUGACCUGCCCCCAGCCAUCAGCAGCUCCGAAGAUGGGGGACACAGUCCCUCAACCACCCAGGACACAACAGCGCCUUUUGUCAGUCACACCACUCAUGUGCCAUCUGCCAGUUUGGAUUAUCUGCACCCCCAGACUGUGGUUCACCUGGAAGGCUUUACAGAGCAAAGCAGUACCACCGACAGUGAGCCCCUCACAGAACAGGGCUGUGGAGAAGACAGGCAGGAGUGUCACCUUUCCGGGAGCAAAGAAAUGCCAUACAGGGGCUCCCAACAGAGCAACGAAGACCUGAGUUUAAUUAGCAAACUUGGUGACAGUAUUGGGAACUUAGAAGAAAAACUGGAGCCAUCAUCUGGAGCCUGUCAACUCUCACACAGCUCUAGCAGCGACAAUAUAAAGGGUGUCAGUCACAGCCCCAGUGUGGUUAAGGAGCGCACUAAGGAAAUCGAGUCCCGGGUGACUUGCCAGGCAGGGGCCAGACCAUCCAAAAUAAAGCGUUCCAUGUCACUCGCCAAGUUAGGUUACUUGGACCUGUGUAAAGACUGUCUCUCAGAAAGGGAAUGUGUCUGCUCUGAGUCCCCUCAUCUCAAAUUGCUUCAGCCCUUCCUCAGAACAGACUCAGGCAUUCACACUGCCCAAGAGCCCCCCCAAAACCCAGAUGCCUCCCAGAACCCAGAGCCCACCAAGUAUUUUGUAGAGCAACUCAAAACAGCAGAGUGUAUCGUGCAGAGCAAGCCAGUGGAGAAGCCCCUGGUACAGUAUGCCAAAGAAUUUGGUUACAGUAAGCAGUGUUUGCUCCCUGGGGCUGGACUUGAAUUGACUAGCUCUGAAGGAGGCCUUCCCUUGCUGCAGACCCAGGGGCUGCCCGGUGCGGUCCCCGCUCCUAGGCUGGCCGUGGCCCCUCGUCAGCAGCAUGGCAGAACUCACCCCCUUCGGAGACUGAAAAAGGCAAAUGAUAAAAAACGGACAACCAACCCCUUCUAUAAUACCAUGUGAUUCUGAGCCUACACAUAAGACUUUCUUAAAGAAAUCUUUGUAAAAGGGGCAGGUGUAAUAUGUAAGGAAUAUGCACUUUAUUGGUUAAUUUUUAUAAUAUUUUGGUCAUUUUACUGUUCCUGGCGCAUGCAGGGUUUGGGUUUUUUUCUGGAUGACUGUGUUGUAUGUAUGUGUGAGAGAGAAGAGAGGUUUGGACACCAAGACCAUAUUAUCAUUUGUUUUUAGAAAAAUCAAACCUCAAAAAAUGCUCAUUUUCAAGAAACACCUUUAUCAAAGGCAAAUAAAUUGCUGUUUUUCAAUCAUCUGCCACCUGCUCCUCAUUUUGUCAUGAGGAAAGGCUGCUUGCUGGAGUGAGGAAGGAAGCAGAUAGGCAGGGUGGCACUGAGGCUGGAGGCUGGGAAUGUUCUUCAGGGCCUGUGUGAUGAUGGUUUGGUUCCAGACCUGAUGUAUUGGUUGGGCUUUAGCAAGGACAUCUGGACAUCAGAGGACAGUCAACCAUAGGGCCCAGUCUGUUGAUGUUCCAGAAGAGAGCAGUUUCUGCUUUGCCCUAAAGGGGGCCUUCCAGACUAUUUCUUCCAGUAUUUCCAAAUGUCUCGUUACAGAAAGUCUGCCUUCGUAGACUUAGCAAGCAAAUAAGUUAUUUUACCUGAGCUAAUACUUUGUUUUUAAUUAAACACCAAGCCUCAAAUUCAUUGCAAGAAAUACCCUGUAGAGAAAAGAAGGGGAGCCAUAGCAGUAAUACAGCAGGUAGGGGUGCUAGUCAUGCAUGCCUG